AUGAUCAAAGGCGACAAGAACCGAGACAUAAAAGGAAGCAAAGCCAUGUCUGAAUCCAAGCUAAAACUAGAAGAUGGGAAAGCCGAGAAGACCAUCCGCAGCGAGAAAAGCCCAAGGAGGGUGAAAGGUCACUGCAAACCCACCAGCAAAAGAUCAACCUCGAUACAACAGUGGAAGGAAGGCAUAAACCAAAGACUCAAACCCAAUCUAAGACACAUCAACAGAGCACAACGAAGCAUUAAAGCAACCAAAGCCAAAACCCAAGCCAUACCAAUGAAGCUAAAACCCGAGACUCAGAAAAAUCUUACCAUCACCAGCCUUAAGCGAGCCAAAUCAUGA